AAAAAGAACGAUCCAACAUACUAGUCUCCACAUGGAGUUCCGCAUUCUGGCCUGCAUAUAUCACCAAGAUUCCACCCCUUGUGUCAUUAGACUUCUUGAAGUAACCAAUCCAACAGCCAAGACUCCCAUGUGCUGUUAUGUAGUCCACCUGCUCCAGCUCACGGGCAGUUUAAUCGCACUCCUCGUGCAUCAUGAGCCUGGAAAAAGUGCGAAAUUCCAUGCUAAGGAUUCUAGUCAUAUCAUCAAUGCCUUCAGAUUAUACGAGCAAGAGUGCAAUGGUAAUGUUGUUGUCAACUUAUUCACAUCCAUAUCGCCCUUUUCCACCAUACACGAAGAAGUUUGUAGGCUUGCUGCAGAGAAGAGCACAUCCUUGGUGAUCAUCCCAUUUCACAAGCAGUGGAGACUUCACGGGAUAGAAAACAUUGCAGAAGCCAGGUCUGUUAAUCGUCACAUUCUGGAGAAGGCUCCAUGCUCCGUAGGGAUCUUGGUCAAUCGAGGCACCUCAAGUGCCUCCAAAAACAAUAACUUAUACGACAUCGGAAUCUUUUUUGCUCAUGGAAGUGAUGAUAGAGAAGCAUUAGCAUACGGUUUGCGAAUGGCUAAACACUCUAAAGUUGCUCUCACCGUGAUCCAUUUGAUCGAUCUAGCCAGAACAAGCCAGGAUUUUCAUGAGAUGGAGCUUGACAAUGAUAUUAUCACCGAAUACAAGAUCCAAUCCGCAGGAAAAAGGCAACAUUCGUACAUACAGGAAUCCGUAAACGAUUGCGUAGAAUUGAUUAGGCUGGUUACAUCUGUCGAAAAUUCAUUUGAUCUAAUUUUGGUGGGCAGAUCCUAUGGCAGCUGCUCACCAUUGUUUGAGGGACUUACCGAAUGGAGUGAGUUCCCAGAGCUGGGAUUCAUGGGAGACAUGCUAACAUCAUCAGAUUCCCAGUGUCAGGUUUCUGUGCUUGUGGUGCAACAACAAAUUUCUAGAGCUUAAGACAGGAUUAAUAGUGUAAAAAACCUGUUGGAAGGUUCAGCAGAAACUGUAUAACUAAUUGGUGAUUCUAACAAAUGGUGGAAUGCCAUAGCUAGAAAAUAUAGAUAAAGAAGGAACAUGAGUUGAUAUUUCAAGCUACAGGAACAUUUUGUU